AUGUUUCACACGAGGCGCAGCAAUUACGCCUCAUCGAGGCUUCAGAUUAACUCCCGACUUUGACUUUGAGCACGAAACAAAAAGAAAUCCCCCCAAACUACCUGUCGCUCCAUUCACGUCUCUGGCAGGAGUGCUGCGAGAGACGCGCCUUUAUCAUUUGCUUGUCCCUCGCGCUCCAUUCCGCCAGUCCCGCCCAACAUGGGUAUCACUCGACGCGUAAAGGACAAGGCCACCAGGGCAGACCGAUCUGCUGGAGGAGGCGCCCAAGCAAGCUCUGGUGCCAAACCGAAGAAGGCGACUUUCGAGACCACCAAGAAGAAGCAGAUCGGAGUCUCGGAUUUGACCCUCUUGAGCAAAGUCUCCAACGAGGCUAUCAAUGAGAAUCUGAAGAAGAGGUUCGAGGGCGCCGAGAUCUACACAUACAUUGGCCAUGUGCUGGUUUCCGUCAACCCCUUCCGGGACCUGGGCAUCUAUACCGACCAAGUCCUGGACAGCUAUAGGGGGAAGAACCGGCUGGAGAUGCCCCCUCAUGUGUUUGCCAUCGCCGAGGCAUCAUACUACAACAUGAAGGCCUACAAGGAAAACCAGUGUGUCAUCAUUUCUGGGGAAUCGGGCGCCGGCAAGACCGAGGCUGCAAAGCGGAUCAUGCAGUACAUCGCAAAUGUUUCUGGCGGCGAGUCGGGCGACAUCAAGGAAAUCAAGGACAUGGUGCUGGCUACUAACCCCUUGCUCGAGUCCUUCGGAAACGCAAAGACAUUGCGAAACAACAACUCAUCCCGCUUCGGAAAGUAUCUCCAGAUCCAUUUCAAUACCCAGGGUGAACCGAUAGGGGCGGACAUCACCAACUACCUUCUGGAGAAGUCGAGAGUCGUGGGUCAGAUUGCCAACGAGCGGAACUUCCACAUCUUCUACCAGUUUACGAAGGGGGCAUCGCAGCACUACCGGGAGUCCUUUGGGGUCCAGACGCCCGAGACAUACAUCUAUACGAGCCGGUCAAAGUGCUUCAAUGUCGACGGGAUCGACGAUCUGGCCGAGUUCAACGACACUCUCAACGCGAUGAAGAUUAUUGGUCUGUCGCAAGCUGAGCAAGAUAGUAUCUUCCGUAUGCUCGCCGCCGUCCUGUGGACGGGUAAUUUGGUAUUCCGCGAGGACGAUAGCGGAUAUGCCGCCGUCUCCGACCAGUCUGUCGUGGAUUUCCUGGCGUAUCUGCUUGAGGUCGAUCCGAAGCAGCUGGUCAAUGCCAUCACCAUUCGGAUCCUGACACCGCGGAGCGGCGAGGUUAUCGAAUCCCCAGCAAACGUCGCCCAGGCCGUGGCGACCAGGGAUGCCUUGGCCAAGGCUAUUUACAGCAAUUUGUUCGAUUGGAUUGUCGAGAGAAUAAACCAAUCGCUGAAGGCCAGGCAAGCGGCGUCCAACUCGAUCGGCAUUCUCGAUAUCUACGGCUUCGAGAUCUUCGAGAAGAACAGCUUUGAACAGCUCUGCAUCAACUAUGUCAACGAGAAGCUGCAACAGAUUUUUAUCCAGUUGACCCUUAAGACUGAGCAGGAGGAAUAUGCGAGGGAGCAGAUCAAGUGGACGCCCAUCUCGUACUUUGACAACAAGGUGGUGUGCGAUCUGAUCGAAUCCAUCAGGCCCCCCGGUGUCUUCUCGGCCAUGAAGGAUGCUACCAAGACGGCCCAUGCCGACCCAGCUGCUUGCGAUCGCACCUUCAUGCAGAGCAUCAACGGCAUGUCCAACCCACAUCUCACGCCGAGGCAAGGCAGUUUCAUCGUCAAGCAUUACGCCGGUGAUGUUAGCUAUACCGUCGAGGGAAUCACGGACAAGAAUAAAGACCAACUCUUAAAGGGGUUACUCAACCUGUUCUCAGCGAGUCAAAACCCCUUCGUCCACACCAUCUUCCCGCACCAGGUCGACCAGGACAACCGGAAGCAGCCGCCAUCUGCCGGAGACAGGAUUAGGCAAUCAGCCAACGCCUUGGUUGAGACGCUGAUGAAGUGCCAGCCAUCCUAUAUCCGAACGAUUAAGCCGAACGAGAACAAGUCUCCUUCCGAGUACAAUGUGCCCAACGUCCUCCACCAGAUCAAAUACCUCGGCCUCCAGGAGAACGUGCGCAUUCGCCGAGCGGGCUUCGCCUACCGCCAGUCGUUUGAGAAGUUUGUGGACCGCUUCUUCUUGCUCUCUCCGGCCACCUCAUAUGCUGGCGAAUACACAUGGCAAGGCUCGUACGAAGCCGCUGUCAAGCAGAUCCUCAAGGACACUAGCAUCCCUCAGGAGGAAUGGCAGUUGGGCGUCACCAAGGCGUUUAUCAAGGCCCCGGAGACCCUGUUCGCCCUGGAGCACAUGAGAGAUCGAUACUGGCACAACAUGGCCACCCGUAUCCAGCGCAUGUGGAGGGCCUACCUCGCCUACCGGGCAGAGUCUGCCACCCGGAUCCAGCGCUUCUGGAGAAAGAAGCGUGUCGGUGCCGAGUACCUGCAGCUCAGAGACCACGGUCACAGGGUGCUCGGAGGACGCAAGGAAAGACGGAGAAUGAGUCUUUUGGGAUCCCGACGUUUCCUGGGCGACUAUCUCGGUAUCAAUGCCAGCACGGGUCCCGGAGCCCAGAUUCGAAAUGCCAUCAACCUCAGUCACAACGAGAAGGCCGUAUUUUCCUGCCGGGGCGAGGUCCUAGAGGCCAAGUUUGGACGAUCCAGCAAGCCAAGCCCUCGUAUCCUCGUUGUGACGAACGGCAAGUUCUACGUCAUUGCGCAGAUGAUGGUGCAGCAUCAGGUGCAAAUCGCCAUCGAGCGGUCCGUCCCCCUUGGGGCUAUCAAGUUUAUUGGUACUUCCACUUGCCGGGAUGACUGGUUUUCUCUCGGCAUUGGCUCGCAGCAGGAGGCUGAUCCUCUUCUGACCUGUGUGUUCAAGACAGAGAUGUUCACACAGAUGCAGAGGGUAAUGCCUGCUGGCUUCAAUCUGCGCAUUGCUGAUAGCAUUGAGUAUGCCAAGAAGCCCGGGAAGAUGCAAAUGGUCAAGGUCCUCAAGGAUUCACCAAGCCCGGCGGACUUUUACAAGAGCGGUGCUGUCCACACUCAGCCAGGGGAACCGCCGAACUCGGUCUCCCGGCCGACACCCAAGGGCAAGCCAGUCCCACCAAGACCGAUCACACGAGGCAAACUCAUCAAGCCUGGUGGCCCUAAUGGCAGACCAUCGCGGGUAACUGGGAACCGCAGUGCUCAGCCUCGGCCCAGUGCAUCAUCCUCACGCCCUGUUCCCCAACACCCAAUGGCAUCUGCGGCGGCAUCUGUGGGCAUACCCUCCCACACUCGACACCAGUCCAAUUCCUCAGCUGUCAGGGCCCCACCGCCACCUCCACCCGCAGCACCCCCAGCCAAGGCCAAGAUAAUGGCCAAAGUGCUGUACGACUUUGAAGGCCAGAAGGAGAAUGAGAUGUCCAUCAAGGCUGGCCAACUGGUCGAGAUCGUUCAAAAGGAGAGCAACGGUUGGUGGCUUGCGAAGAAGGGAGGGCAACAAGCCUGGGUCCCAGCUGCGUAUGUCGAAGAACAGGCUCCCCCGCCAGUAGUGGCACCACGCCCACCACCACCUCCGCCGUCACAGAACAGCACCGCACGAGCAAAGCCCGCCGCCCCACAGCCGCCGGCGAAACGGCCUGCGGCCGGGAGGAAGCCGGCGGGACUUCAACAGCGGGACUCAGGCAUGAGCAUGAACGGUGCCAAUGGGUCAGAGAGCAGCAGGAGCACCACCCCGACUCCUAGUCUUGCGGGUGGCCUAGCCGAAGCCCUGCUGGCGCGAAAGAACGCAAUGGCUAAGAAGGAUCACGAUGAGGACUGGUAGCUGAGCUGUGUCCCAUGAAUGGAUGAAUUUGUGUCAUGAUAAUGGAUUGUUAGUUGUGAUAGACCGACCAUUCACGGUUCAAGAUUGACUACCG